CAUUAAUCGUGAUAAAGUAUAAAUAAUAUGAUGCUUUAUUUUUAUAAUUGUAAUUCGUUUUGAUGCUAGUUGGCUAUUAAAUAGGAUCAUUUCACAAAAUGGUAUCAUCAUUGAUACUGCUAAGUUGCAUGUUCAUGCUUGGGAUUUUAUUGCUGCAAUUUGACUAUUCCAUUAUCUUGUCUUGGAUUGAUGACCAGCUUUUCGGACAGGCGGCGACUGGCAUUCUUUACGAUGUGGAUGCAAACGUGGUGCGCAUUGAUCGCACGACCGCAAGCUGGUCGAUGAUGUGGCUGGUCCUGAUGUUUUUCGGAGCAGUCUUGGUCUUCCAGUUUGGUAUGAUGGUGUUCUAUCAAAUACGCGGCCUCCAGAUGUUGCUUCAUACCGUCGGACGAGACGAAAAUGACCAUCUAACUAGGGAAGCCAUAAAGAGCGUCAAAGCACUUCGGACCUCUAACGACGGGCCCUGCAGGAAGACUCUCCGAAACCUGACGCGAACUCGGAACCCUCGAAAACGGCUGCAACAAAAUAAAUGA